AUGGCGCGCGCCCUCAGGAGCCUCACACUGGUGUUCCUCGCGGCCCGCGCCGGCGCCCAGAAGGAUUCCUGCGCCACCGGCGCCGAGGGCCGCUGGGCGGGCACGCACGCCCGGCUCCUAGCGCUCGACGAGAGCAAGCUCCCGAACCUCUACCAGAGGAAAUUGGAGUUCGAGAACAUCACGGGCGCGAGCAUCGACAUUGAACAAAAGUCGAUCAAGGACUGGGCCGGGGCGGUAUUUUCGGACGCGAAGACGGCCCGCCUAGAGAUACGCGAGCAUGUUCGCGGACCCGGACGCGAAUCUGUGGCGAACGACGCCGCCGACCGCGCCACUCGUAAUAGAGCGAGCCCGUUUCUACGACAACGCGACGUUCGCGUCGCUCGCCUCGUGCGCGGUGGACAAUCCGUUGCUCGCGCGCAACCCGCUCGGGGGCACGUUCAACAAGACGACGGGGCUGCUGGUCCGCUUCACAGACUCAGGCUACGCCACGGUCGUCGCCGAUGGGAACCUCAGCUGUUUCGCGCCCUUCGUCGACACCGCGCGGCGGAAAUACCCCAAGGCGAACGCGUUCGUCCUCAACGUCCGCGGCCCGCGUCUCCGCCGCCAAUGAAGGCGGCGCAGCGCAGCGAAGUGAUAGAGCUGAAUACGUGUUUCUGUAUUCCUUCUGGACGUGUUGAUUUGGUCGCACAGUGUACAAAAAACGCGUACGAGGGCGGCGAGACACCCGCCGUCGACUACGGCAUCCGGAACGAGUCGUCGCGAGCGUUGUCCGCGGUCAAGAUCAAAAUCAAGCGCCAGAUCUGGUUCAAGGCCCGCGGUCACCAGAAACGGUUCAAGAACACGAUCGUUUGUCGUUCGUUUGCCGGCGUCGAGGCCGGAGGUGUUUUCGGGUUCGACGGUCUGCCGAUGCGGCGCGGCGAGCUCCCGCUGCCGGCGGUCGUGCGGGGACCGCGGGGCUUCCAGCUGUUCUCCAUCGACAGCCCGACGAUCAAGGUGCGCUACUGGCUCAAGAUUGAGGCGACGACGACGGCGGUGGCCGUGCGGAGCGCCCGGCUACGGCUUAUGGACGUCCAGAUCUACCGCACGGCGCCGUGGCGGGCCACGGCGGUGUUCGCGGGCGCCGAGCGCGACGACGACGACGACGACGACGGUCUGGCCUGGGGCGAGGUCAUCUCCUACGAGCCGAGCCCCGAUCUCGGCGACGUUCCCGUCGCGGUGCCCAUCCCGUCCGCGCCGCCGGCGGAGGCGAUACGCGCUUAA